GAAAAGGAACGACAGCCAAAAAGCAGGAGAGGAAGGACAAGAAGAUAAGGAGAGAAGAGAAAAGAAAGAAAGAUGGCUCGCCGAUCCCAGGGUACCAAACUCCACUUAGCAGUUCUAUGUCUAGUUGUGUCCUGUCAUGCCAUUGGCCUUAGUGACCUAAUGGAGAGAGCUUCCCAGCGAUCAGACAAGCUUCACUCACUCAGCACUUCCCUCAACAAGGACCUGGACUCUCACUUCCCACCAAUGGGACGAGUGAUGAUGCCACGUCCAUCUAUGUGUCACACCUCCUCACUCCAGAUACCCAAGGACAAGGAGCAAGCGCUUAGAGUAUCGGAGAAUGAGCUGAUCUCCCUGGCUCGCUCCCUCCUGCUGGCCUGGAAUGAUCCCCUGCUGCUGCUCUCCUCUGAGGCGCCCACUCUGCCACACCCCUCCAAUGGUGACAUCAGCAGUAAGAUCAGGGAACUGCAGGACUACUCCAAGAGCCUAGGAGACGGACUGGACAUACUGGUCAACAAGAUGGGCCCCUCCUCCCAGUACAUUUCUUUAAUCCCCUUCAAGGGUGGAGACCUCGGCAAUGACAAGACCUCCCGCCUCAUCAACUUCCACUUCCUUAUGUCCUGCUUCCGCAGGGACUCCCACAAAAUCGACAGUUUCCUCAAGGUCCUUCGAUGCCGGGCUACCAAAAUGCGACCAGAAACAUGUUAGGAGAAAAUGUCAGACAUUUUGGUUCGGGAUUGUUCUAUUUUCAAACUGAUACAGAGCCAAAACGGGGUAGCCGUUUGAAGGAGAAUUCAGGGGAUUGGUUGUUAUUAAGUUAGAUUUUGUGACAUCAUGACUAAUGCUCUCUGUCAUCAACAUUACCUGUAGACUAUUCAUAGACUAUACAUUAAAUUCAACACCUGUCAUCUGAACCACAUUUUACCAGUGUAAUAUACAACUCAAGAGGUUUUAUUAUUGUUUAUGUUCUGUAAUGUAUUUCAUCAACAAUAUUCAACCUAAUAUUGGCACUUAUAAUCAUUGAAUAAUCAUCUUCAAUGAUUUAUUUGGAUAACACAAAGCAUUCCUCCAAGUCAUUCUUAGUAGAUACAGAGGUCUAUGUUGAUAGUUGACCAAUGACCAUCAUGAUAACAUUUGAACAUUAGAAUACGAUUUCUCAAGUCACUUAUACUCUACACAAUGUACUGUUUCACUAAAUACAAAAUAAAAUCUUUUUUGCAUUAUAAAACAUGAA